UUGGCAGGCGAGCAGCCAAUGGCUUGCGGCCUGUGCUCCGGCUCCACGUCGGCAGCGGGGAGCGCAAGAUGGAGGCGUUGGUGCUGGACCCGUCGUUGUACACGGUGAAGGCCAUCCUCAUCCUGGACAACGACGGCGACCGGCUCUUUGCCAAGUACUACGAUGACACCUACCCCAGCGUCAAGGAGCAGAAGGCCUUUGAGAAGAACAUCUUCAACAAGACCCACCGGACGGACAGCGAGAUUGCGCUGCUCGAGGGCCUCACCGUGGUCUACAAGAGCAGCAUAGACCUCUACUUCUAUGUCAUUGGCAGCUCCCACGAAAACGAGCUGAUGCUCAUGGCUGUACUGACCUGCCUCUUCGACUCGCUCAGCCAGAUGCUGAGGAAGAACGUGGAGAAGCGGGCGCUGCUGGAGAACAUGGAGGGGCUCUUCCUGGCUGUGGACGAGAUUGUGGAUGGAGGGGUCAUCCUGGAGAGCGACCCCCAGCAGGUGGUUCAUCGUGUGGCUGUGCGGGGCGACGACGUGCCCCUCACGGAGCAGACAGUCUCUCAGGUGCUACAGUCAGCGAAGGAGCAGAUCAAGUGGUCCCUGCUGCGAUAGGGGGGGCCUGGUGCCCCCUGUGCCCAUCUACUGUGUUCCCUGCCUGCCCCCCCGCACUGAUCGCGCCAACAUGCCGCCUCGCUCCAA